AAGUGAACUGCAGCCUGCAGCCUCGGGCAGCCAAUAGGGCGGAGGGGGCGGAGUCACACCUGGGAGAGUUACCCUGCGGCCCGAGAAGGGGGAAUCAGGCUGGCUUCUUUCGAAGAGCGACAGUAGCGGCGGCCAAUCGCUCUUGAGAGGCGCAGACGGGGCAUGUGGACUUCGGAGCGGCCAAUGGGGAGAGGCUUCUUCAGGGGGCCUAGGCUCCUCGCCCAAUGAGGAUGAGCGGAAUCCACGGGGCUAGUUCCGAGCGACAGUACUUAAGACCAACCCAGCGCGAGGUGGGGCGGGGCGCAUACCUGAACGACGGGGGAACUGACCAAUGGUCUGGGACCUGCCGCUAUGGGGGACAUGAAGACCCCUGAUUUUGAUGACCUCCUUGCUGCCUUUGACAUCCCUGACAUCGAUGCAAAUGAAGCUAUACACUCUGGGCCAGAAGAAAGUGAGGGGCCCGGAGGCCCGGGGAAGCCAGAGCCCAGUGUGGGAGGAGAAACUGAAGGCACAGCAGCAGCAGCUGAGGAUGACCCCGAGGUUCCAGGCCAUACCUCUGAGCACGGCCUGCCGGUGCCAGACACUUCCACAGUCAGCGUCAUCGUGAAGAACACUGUGUGUCCGGAGCAGUCUGAGACCCUGGCUGGGGGUGCAGGAGGGGAAGGGGCCCAGGCUGGGGGAGUAACCAAGGAAGAUGCUUCAGGGGCUUCUCUGAUGCCGAAUGGAUUUGGGGUCUGUGAACCAUCCCUUCCAGGAGCCCCACCCUCCCCAGCUCCUUCCAGUGAGGGUACCUGGAAGGAAAAAGCUGUGGAAGGCAAAGCCCCCUUGGACCUCUUUGCUCAUUUUGGUCCUGAGCCAGGGGAGCACCCAGACCCCCUGCCUCCUCCUGCGCCCUCCCCACCUCCUGACGGGGCCAUGAGCCCUCCUCCUUUCCCCUCACCCUUUGAGCUGGCCCAGGAGAAUGGCCCCACGCUGUUGCCACCUAGCUCUUCCCCACAGUCUGGGGCCUUGAAGCAGGGCUGCUGCAGCCCACUUCAUCCCCAGGGCCAAGGCCAGCGAGGCUCAGGCUCUAGUCCUGAGGCCACAGGCAUCCCUGAAGGAACCUCGCCUCCCCAGGUUGAUGGGGUGCCCUUUUUCAAGCAGUCCCCAGGGCACCAGAGCCCUCCUGCCUCUCCUGACGUGCCCAGCUCUAAGCACCUGAAGGAAGAUGAGGGGCUGGUGGUCAAGUCUCCCCCUCGAAGUCCCCAGAGUCCCUCUAGUGGUGCCGAGGCUGCAGAUGAGGACAGCAACGACUCCCCUGCCUCCUCCAACUCCUCUCGGCCCCUCAAGGUGCGGAUCAAGACCAUUAAGACAUCCUGUGGGAAUAUCACGAGGACUGUAACCCGGGUCCCCUCAGACCCUGACCGCCCUGCCCCCUUGGCCGAGGGGGCCUUCCUGGCCGAGGCGAGCCUCCUGAAGCUGUCCCCUGCGGCUCCAGCCCCCGAGGCCCCGAAGGUGGUGAGUGUGCAGCUGGGCGACGGCACAAGGCUGAAAGGCACAGUGCUGCCCGUGGCCACCAUCCAGAACGCCAGCACUGCCAUGCUGAUGGCAGCGAGUGUGGCCCGAAAGGCUGUGGUUCUGCCUGGGGGCUCUGCCACCAGCCCGAAGAUGAUGGCUAAGAACGUUCUAGGCCUGGUGCCCCAAACCCUGCCCAAAGCUGAAGGGCGUGCGGGGCUGGGGACCGGGGGUCAGAAGGUGAACGGGGCCUCAGUGGUGAUGGUGCAGCCUUCGAAGCCGGCCACAGGCCCGGGAACAGCAGGCGGCACAGUGAUCUCCCGGACCCAGUCCAGCCUGGUGGAGGCCUUCAACAAGAUCCUCAACAGCAAGAACCUGCUGCCCGCCUACAGGCCCAACCUGAGUCCUCCCGCUGAGGCCGGGCUGGCCCUCCCACCCACGGGCUACCGCUGCCUAGAGUGUGGCGAUGCCUUCUCACUGGAGAAGAGCCUGGCCCGGCACUACGACCGCCGCAGCAUGCGCAUUGAGGUCACUUGCAAUCACUGUGCCCGUCGCCUGGUCUUCUUCAACAAAUGCAGCUUGCUCUUGCACGCGCGCGAGCACAAGGACAAGGGGCUUGUCAUGCAGUGCUCACACUUGGUCAUGAGGCCCGUGGCCCUUGACCAGAUGGUGGGGCAGCCGGACAUUACGCCCCUGCUGCCUGUGGCUGUGCCGCCUGCUCCUGGACCUCUGGUCUUGCCCAUCUUGGGCAAGGCUGAGGGGGCCAUGACCUCUGCCCUUGCUGCAGUUGCUGCUGAGGCCCCUGUGCUGCCACUAUCGACAGAUCCACCCGCUGCCCCUGCCACCCCGUACACGUGCUUCCGCUGCCUGGAGUGCAAGCAGCAGUGCCGGGACAAGGCUGGCAUGGCAGCCCACUUCCAGCAGCCUGGGCCCCCAGCCCCCGGGGCCAGCAGCAAUGUGUGCCCGUCCUGCCCCAUGAUGCUCCCCAAUCGCUGCAGCUUCAGCGCCCACCAGCGCACGCAUAAGAACCGAGCGCCCCACGUCUGCCCCGAGUGUGGAGGCAACUUCCUGCAAGCCAAUUUCCAGACCCACCUGCGGGAAGCCUGUCUGCAUUUCUCUCGGCGCGUGGGAUACAGGUGUCCCAGCUGCGCAGUGGUGUUCGGGGGUGUGAACUCCAUUAAGUCCCACAUCCAGACGUCACACUGCGAAGUUUUCCACAAGUGCCCCAUCUGCCCCAUGGCCUUCAAGUCUGCACCCAGCGCCCAUGCCCACGUCUACUCCCAGCAUCCGACCUUCCUCACGCAGCAAGCGAAGCUGAUCUACAAGUGCGCCAUGUGUGACACCGUCUUCACGCACAAACCCCUGCUCUCCUCACACUUCGACCAGCACUUGCUGCCCCAGCGCGUCAGUGUCUUCAAGUGCCCGUCUUGCCCCCUGCUCUUUGCCCAGAAAAGGACCAUGCUGGAGCAUCUCAAGCCAUUCCCGCCUCCCUCACAGAGCACCCAUCAGUCUGGCCGCCCAGAGGAGGAGGCCCCUGAGAAGGGGGCUGGAGGUGCCCUCCUGACCCCCAAGACUGAGCCUGAGGAGCUGGCCGUGUCUCAGGGAGGGGCGGCCCCUGCAACUGAGGAGUCGUCGUCGUCCUCAGAGGAGGAGGAGCUGCCCAGCUCCCCUGAGCCCCGGCGCCCAGCCAAGCGGCCCCGGCGGGAGCUGGGGAGCAAAGGCAUCAGGGGGGGGGGCGGCGGGCCCGGGGGCUGGACCUGUGGCCUCUGUCACUCCUGGUUCCCUGAGCGUGACGAGUAUGUGGCCCACAUGAAGAAGGAGCACGGCAAGUCAGUGAAGAAGUUCCCCUGUCGCCUGUGUGAGCGCUCGUUCUGCUCCGCCCCCAGCCUGAGGCGCCACGUCAGGGUCAAUCACGAGGGCAUCAAGCGAGUUUACCCCUGCAGGUACUGCACAGAGGGAAAGCGCACCUUCAGCAGCCGCCUGAUCCUGGAGAAACACGUGCAGGUCCGGCACGGCCUGCCGCUCGGGGCCCAGUCCCCUGGCAGAGGGAGCACCCUGGCUCGGGGCCCCGGGGCCAGAGCCCAGGGGCCAGGACGGAAACGCCGCCAGUCUUCUGACUCCUGCAGUGAGGAGCCCGACAGCACCACGCCACCGUCGAAGCCCCCCAGGGGCGGCCCUGGCUCGGGAGGCCUCGGUCCCCUGCGCUGCCGGAGCGGCCCGGUGGAACAGAGCCUCAUGGUGGGCUUAAGGGUGGAUGGUGGUGCCCAGCAGUGCCUCGACUGUGGCCUGUGCUUUGCCUCCCCUGGCUCCUUGAGCCGGCACCGAUUCAUCAGCCACAAGAAGAGACGGGGUGUGGGGCGAUCGGGCACCCUGGGGCUGGGGGAUGGGGAGGAAGAGGCAUCUGCCCUGUCCCGGGCUGACCCAGAGGGUGCCGACUGCCUGCCCGCCGCCGGAGGCCCACUGACCUGCAAGGUCUGCGGCAAGAGCUGUGACAGCCCUCUCAACCUCAAGACCCACUUCCGCACGCACGGCAUGGCGUUCAUCAGGGCGCGGCAGGGCGGCAGUGGGGACAGCUAGGCCCCGGCUGGGCCUGACUGCGUCUUCCCUGGGAGCCUGGGUUUCACUGCUGCUGCCGUUCCUCGUCCCUGAACGGGAGCUUCACGUCACAUUGUGUCCAGUCCCUCUUCCCAGCCCUGGAGCUAAAGCUUUGGGGAUCAUAGUGGUCUGCAGCUCCCCUUUGGGUUUGGCCCUUGGGUCCCAGCCACAUGGGCCCUCCAUUCUUGCUCUCAGAACCCAACACUAACCGCUCCUGCUGCAGUGGGUGGGAGGACAAGACUCUGGGAAGGACCUACGGGAUGGUGUCCCUGCGCGUGCCCCCCACGCUUCAGGCAUGGACUGCUGCUCCUGCCCCUGGGCUGGGCCCUGCCCUGCCAUCCCACACCCGGCACUCGAGCUCCUCACCCCUGCAGUGCCUUUCACUUGUCUUCUUUUUCCCAGAAAUCCAGGUGGGGGGUUGGUGGGGACGAGUCCUGUCAUGGGGGUCCAGGGAGAGGAGGGGACAGGCUCUCAGGAAUCCUUUAUUGUAGUAAUAAUACUAACUGGGAGGAACCAGACCAUUAAAACUGCUCGUGGUUUAAUCCCCA